GUCAGUCAUUUUCUUCUUCAACCUCUCUCUCUUUUAUCUCUUCAACCUUAAAACCCUAAAGAUUUUCCAUUUUCUUUCUGGUGCAAUGUUUAGCAACAAAAAGAAGCUGGCACUUAACACAGUUUCAGUAAGCUUAGGUUGCAGCGGCUGCAAGAAAUCCAAGCUCACCAGCUUUUUCAACCCCAAACCCAAAUCAAAGUCGAAAUCGAAAGCCCAUUCUCUUUACACCUACUCAUCGUCUUCAAGCUCUUCCAAGAAAGCAACCCAUUGUUAUUUCUCCGAGACCGCCACCUCUUUUUCUCCCAGCACUGACACGCCUCCAUGCUCGGACGUGGACACCAAGUGUUCCAUGGCGACUUUACGAGGUUUUGGCCGUGUCGGAGGAGAGAGCAUGGCGGUGGAGAAAGACUCCGACGACCCUUACUUGGAUUUCAGGCACUCCAUGUUGCAGAUGAUAUUGGAGAAAGAGAUAUAUUCCAAAGAUGACUUGAGGGAGCUUCUCAACUGUUUCCUGCAGCUGAAUUCGCCAUAUUAUCAUGGGGUUAUUAUUAGAGCUUUCACGGAGAUCUGGAAUGUGAUUUUCUCCGUCAAGAAUGGUGGUGGCGCCGCCGGUUCGUCACCGAAGCUGCAUUUUGGGUUCGGGCCACGUGACUUGUAGGUGCAGCUGCUGCCACGUUUAUCUAUGCUUGGAUUACAGUGUAGUGGAUUAAUAUCAUAUAUUAUAUAUAUAUAUAUAUAAUAAA